AUGGUUUCCAGCGUAGUCCGCCUUGCGGCUGCAUGCUCUGCAUUAGCAGGCCUCACGGUGGCUCGUUUCACCACAGAGCAGUAUGAGUCCGGCGAAGUCCAUGCCCACAUCAUGGGCAUCAAAAUGGCGCAAUGGGACGCGGAAAUGGAGUCUGGAGCGAUGAACAGCUCGCAGUGGCCUGAGCUCGGUUACACGAAAUGCGAGAACGGCUUCGCCGCUGGAAUACCUGGGUCUACCAACGAUACCUUUCGUUGCAAUAACAUUGACUUGUAUCACUUCCUGCCUCAUACAGCGUUAGGAGGCAACAAGGGACGAGGCUCAUCCAUGACAGGCUGGACGUCAGAAGACGGACGGGAAUUUGUUGCCAUUGGUCAAUACGACGGCACCGCGUUCGCUGAGAUCACUCCAGAGGGCAAGAUCUCAUAUCUCGGUCGACUGCCGCCUUAUGAUGGUGUUGGGUCCAAUUGGAGAGAGAUCCGCACCCUCAGAGACACUAUCGUCAUAGGAUCGGAAGCUAUUAACCACGGAGUGGACUUCUUCGACAUGAAGAAGCUCCUUGAUCUCGAUCCAGCGAACCCCAAGAUCUUUUGCAAGGAUGACCUUCUUGCUCACUGGGACGAGCUACCUGUUGGCCGAACUCACAACAUUGUUACGAAUGAGGAACUCAACUAUGCCAUUGCAUGUGGCUCAGUUGCUGGCAACGAAACAAUUCGCGUUAGGCCAAAUGACCCCAAGAUCAUGCCAUGCAGAGGCGGACUGAUCUUCCUCGAUGUCUCGGAUCCAACAAAUGUCACUAGCCCAGGCUGUGCGGCAGGCGAUKGCUAUGUUCACGAUGCUGAGUGUCUGGUAUACAGAGGACCAGACACCAAGUACUACGGUCGUGACAUCUGCUAUGGAUACAAUGAGGACACACUGACGAUCUAUGAUGUUACCGACAAAGUGGGAAAUGUCACUAAUAUCAUCUCUCGGACUGCCUACCCCGGCGUCGAGUAUGCCCACCAGGGUGUUGUCAACAACCGCACUUGGCAGGAGUACCUCUUCUUGGACGACGAAUUUGAUGAGAGAGACGCCGAGACCCCAGAAUCAGUAACCAAUGGCUUACCUACGACCCACAUCUUCGACAUCCGGAAUUUGGAGGCUCCUCAUUACAGCGGAAACUUCGCGGGCCGCACUCGCUCAAUCGAUCACAACCAGUAUAUCUAUGACGGCUAUCUGUAUCAAUCUAACUACGGGAACGGCCUCACCGUAUGGGACAUCAGCUCCGUGACCGAAGACCCCAGCGGAGGCAGCAUCUGCGAAGCCGGCUUCUUCGAUGUCUACCCAGAAGACGACGAGGCAGAAGGUGGCGGUGUCAUCUCCUUCGUAGGUUCCUGGCACUCAUACGCCGGCUUCAAAUCGGGCUACAUCUUCGUGCACACCAUUGAGCGAGGCUCUUUCGUUGUGAAGAUGACGUCCAAGGAAUGCGCGAAACCACCUGUUUGUGAAUCAAACACUUGCUUGACCUCGCUCCGUGCAAGCAACAUCGAGGGACGUCUAGAGCAGAGCGUAGAGUUUUGCCAUGACUACCUUCUGCGACAGAGGACCGAGGAGAACUUGAUUCCAGAUUAUGCUAGAGUUGGCUGCGCUGGAGAGGAGGUUGUGGCUCAAGUCAGCAGUGCUUGUGCUUGUGUGCCAACUAAAGCUGUGCCGGACCUUCCCAGGACUACUUCCCGGCCUCCAUCCCCCACGAUCCUUCCACCGUGA